UUCUACUUUUAAACCAUCAAAGCAUCAAAAUGUCUAACACAUACCUGCUAGUGUUGCUAAUUGGUGUGGUGGCUCUGGCCACUCCUUCCUUGGCCGAUCACCACAAGCCAUCUCACUUUGAGCACUUUCCACCUGCUUUUAGCCCCAAGCCUGCCCCUGAGCACAAGCCACCAAUGCCAGUUCAUAAACCUCCUCCUAAGCUGGAGAAGCCAAUCCCUGAGCCCAAGCCACCAAUGCCAGUUCAUGAACCAGGAAAACAGAAGCCAUUAACCCCAGCUGAACCUCCCAAAGUAUCCAAGGGAUUCCCAGAACACAAGCCACCAACUCUACCUCCCAAACCAGGAUUUUUGCCGCCAGAACAUGAGCCAUUACCACCUCAUGGUCAAUUUUCAGCACACCCUCCAAUGGAAGGUGGUGAAGGCCCUCACAAGCCACCAAGGAAGAUAACGCCUUCUCCGAUGCCACAUAAGAAGCCACCUAGUCCACACUACAAGGCACCUCCACCGAUUCGUGCCUACUGAUGAGUUAGUGCUGAUAUAGAGAGACUAUCAGAAACUAGAAAUAAGAGCUUAUAUGCAGUCAUUCUGCCUUUUCUCUAUUUAACUCAUACUAUAAUUGCACUAUUGCACGUCAAUAAUAGCCGAUGGGCAUGUCUUUUUAUUUAUC